GACUUCUUGUCAUUUAAUAGGCAACAGCAAGUCGUCCAGUCAGCUGCAGUAAAAACACAAAGUAUAGUUGAGUGACACGCCUGUUGUGUUGCGGUUUUACCUUACGUGCGCGCUCCCGUGUGCGUCUGAUCAAACAGGUUUGACGAGGACACACCUGAAGGAAGAAAAGGAAGCUUUGUGUGCGUGGACUCGUAUCUCACCUCCAUUUUUGACCUCUGUGGACGGCGGACGGACCGCAAUCAAACAAAGGAAGCGUUUUAAUUGACUUUUGGGUUUGUUUAAAAAAAAAAAAAAAAAAACUUUAUUCAUUCUACGAUGAAGAUGUGGAUUGUCCUCGCGCUUGCCGCUCUCGCGGCGGGAGCUUCGGCCCAAAGUUGUUCAUGUGACUCCAUGAAGUGGGCAACCUGUGAUGGAAAUCCUUGUAAGUGUUACGUCAUGGUUGGUGACCUAAUGAAGCAGACGCUUGACUGUUCUUCAUUGAUCCCCAAGUGCUUCCUGAUGAAGGCUGAGAUGUACAGAGCCAAAAAAGGCCUUGACACCCGAACGAUUGGAGGAAAGCCGGUAGAAACCGCCUUUGUAGACAAUGAUGGCAUCUACGACCCCGAGUGCGAGAACGACGGCAAAUUCAAGGCCAAGCAGUGCAACAACACCGAGGAGUGUUGGUGCGUCAACAGCGCUGGUGUACGCCGAACUGACAAGGGAGACAAGAGCCUCAAGUGCGAGAAGCUGGUAGAGACAUACUGGGUCCGUCUUGAGCUGAAACACAAACCAAUGAGCAGCAAAAUGGAUGCGAGCAAAAUGAAAACGGCUAUUGCAGAUGCCAUUAACAAGCGAUACGGCAACUUUAACAAGGACCUGGUGAAAGAAGUUAAGUAUGACGAAGACGCCCGCAUGAUUGUGGUGGAUGUGAUGAAACCUAAGGGAGACCGUAAGAGCGACCUGACCCAAAUGGCCUACUACAUGGAGAAAGAUGUGAAAGUGCUGCCCCUGUUCAAGAACCAGGAGAAGUUUGAGCCCAUUGUAAAUGGCCAGAAGGUAGAGAUGGAGAACAUCUUGGUGUACUACGUGGACGAGGAGGCCCCAACAUUCACCAUGAAGCAUCUUACCGGUGGCAUCAUUGCCGUCAUCGUUGUGGUGGUGCUGGCGGUGGUCGCUGGCCUGCUGCUCUUGUUUUUCUUCCGAAGGCGCCAGAGUCAGAAGUACAACAAAGCUCAGCAAAGAGAGAUGGAUCCCAUGUAAGUUCUUCAUCGCUGCAGGAGUCCAUAGAGUGUCGACUUUGGAUGCAGUGUGCCAUGUAUACCAUUCUACUUGAGGAAAACCCAUUUUUGUAAAGGAACAAUCAAAUGCUUGUCAUUGGCACUAUUCAUACUGCCUUCUAUUUAUAAAUUGUGUAAAGUUUUCAGCAUUCUCCCAUCUCUACACCUUCGAGAAAUGUGCUUUUGAAAAAGUCCGAGCAAAUGUUGCAUUUUAAUUUUAGAGCAGUUGAAAUCCCAUGUUCUUUUGAUUGUACAGUUUCUUACAAGUGUGUGUCUGUUUUUUUGUUGGAUUUGUUUUUAAUAAAACAUGUUUUAAAGACA